AUGUUAAACCCAACAGUCACAGAAGCCGAUUAAAAUCAAAUAUAUGAACAAAAAUUCAUAAUCUUCUUAAGAAUUAUAUUGAAUACUGAAAAAGAUGUUUAACAAUUUGUCUAAUGUAGGCUGAGGAUAUUAAAGUAACAUUAGCUGAAAAUACUCGAUUUGAUGUAAGUGAAGCUUUUCGAACUAUUGAUACCAAUUCUAAAGGAUAUUUGACUGCAUCUGAUAUCUUUAGAUUUAUGUGCAAGAAUGGAUAUAGUUUAUCAAUCAAAUUUUGUGAUUUAUGGAUCUCUAUUUACAGUUCAGGAAAUGAUAAAUUAAGUCAUUAAAAAUUUCUUGAAUUUAUUGUUCCAAAAUAUAAUAAGGAUUAAGCCAUGAAACUUAUUAUGAGAAAACUCUAAAUAACAGAAUGUUAGAUUUUACAAUUUUAUUUUAGAUAAAUUAUCAUUCUAUUUAGAAGAUUUUGUAGCCAAAUUGAUUUAUUUAGAAAUAGAUUACUUAAAAGUUAUAGAAAUAGAGAAAAUGGGUAUAGCUUAAUCAAUUAAAUGGAAAUUUAAUACUAUAUUUAAAAUUAUUGUAGGAAAUCAAUUAUUUAUUGAUAAAAGAUCUUUGGAUCAAUUACUUAAUAAAUUUGAAAUAUAAUCAUUAAGUUAAUUAGAUUAUUUAAUGUUUUUAAAUAGAUUUAUUAGAAAUGAUAGAUAAGUCAUUUAAAGAGAUGAUUUUAGUGAUGCAAUGUUUCCUAGUAGAGAAUUAAUGUUGGAAUUUUAAUAAUAAAAAGAUGGAUUUGAUGAUUAUGUACUCAAUCAAAAUCAACAAUUAGAUCAAUUAAUUGGAAUUGAUAAAAUUGUUGAUAAAGAUGAUUUUGUAUUUAAACCUGAAGAUCAUAAAAUGUAAACUUAGACAUUUAGAAAAGAAGUUGAAUCUUUUUAAGAUUAAAAGAUUUAAAUCUAAUAACCAUAAGAAUUAUCUAAAUUAUCAUCAAAUAGAUAUUUUGCUAAUGAGAAAAGUAAAUUGAUUUAACAAAAAGCUUAAGUUAAAUCUAAAAAAUAUUAAAGUCCUUAUGAAUAUGCAAAUUAAUUUCGUGUAAAGGAUGAUUUAUUACAGGAAUUUGAAAUGCCUUAAAAUUAUUCACAAUUAACUGUAAGUCAAGGAAAUGUCUCUAGUUAUGUCUAAAAUAAUUAACAAUUUAAAAUUGAAUAAUCUAACUAUAGUAAUUUUAGAUAAUAACCUAAACGUAUUCAAUAUUUUAAUUCUAGAUUAUGA